CAAAUCGCGACCUCAUCAACAAUUUCCCAAACCACGGCACCAACAUCGAUGGCAAAGCGAUAGUCAUGCCUGCGGAUCGUCUCCUCACGACGGUACUCCGAGCAUUCCAAAGUACUCCAAAUCCAGAGCAAACUGAUCGAAUUCUGGGCAGCACAACAUCCCUUCUCACCUCUCUUUCGAAUCCGCUGAACAUCACUCUUCUUACCUCACACCUUUUAACAGCGCCAGCAAUCUGGACUCGAGUCGAUGGAUUGCAGACAUGCUUUCGCAUAAUCAGCCUCUAUAAUACUGCGGCUAUCCACGUACGAAGGAACGAGCUCGAAGGUCCACCCAAACCCCACGAUGCAUACCAACCGAGACGAGGCGGUGGUAUAGCUGCUGAUGAUUGGACGACAGCUGUUCUGAAGGGUCUGGAUGAUCGAUCACCAAGAUGGCAGCAUGUUUUGGUCAUUUCUGGGCUUCUUCUUGGCAUGGAAGGACAAGAUAGACAGAGUCUUUCGAGGAAUCUGAAGUCAACAGUCGAAAAUGCCAUGGUCUCUGCUACAAAUCUAGCUCUAGAGAGCCCAGCAAGUGGUGGAAUACUUGGCUCGACCUCUGUUGUCUUAGCUCUCAAUCAUGCAUUCCCACUAUUGUCGGAUUAUUGCAGACGAGAUUUGAAUUACGACAGCUUGCUCAUGAUAAUGGUCAAGGCAAUGACGGCCACAGAAGGGUACCAAGAGGGAUACUUUCUCCAGGCUAUAGACUAUGAUGUGAAGGAGGUUAUGGGAAGGAAAUUCGACUGGUCACCAAGAUCGGCUUCAUUCCGCCAAAUCCAGAAACUUGCAUCAAAGCCACUCAUCACUUCAAUGGGUCCAUUGUCGAGACUUGUUGCUCAUGCAAUUGAGAAUACCACUCAGCCUUUGAGAAUCAUAGAAGCACGCGAACAUAUACUGGCAUUUACUGGAAAUCUUCUCCGAAAAUGGAGUAAGAACAAGCUGUCUGAAAUCGAUCAGUCAGAAGAAAUAGAUUUCUUGACUCCGGAGACGUUGAAAGUUACCUUUCCGAUGCUAUGGCAGGUUUUGAAGACUGCUAUGCUUGCAACAUUAGCCAUCCUUCGGGCAAUGAUUGGAAGGGCAUUGAUCGAUCCUUUCUUGGCCUCUCCGCAGAACGCACCCAUGAUGACCACUCAAGCACUUCUGAUCCUCAAGAACAUACACUUCAUUUCGUCUCGUUUUGGACCCAAUUCCCUUUCAGCUUAUGUAUUUGUCAACAUGACUUCUAUCGACAUUCUCACAAGAUACCCUUCUGCUUCUGCUACCUUUCUUCGGACCAUAUAUCCUAGCCAGGCAGGACGAAUUCCGUCUCAUCCUCUUCAACGAAAUCAUGAUCUUUUUUACCUCAACACAGCGGAACACUUUACGUUGGCCCUGUCUCCUGCAGAUUCUGAACAACUUACAGUCACUCCAAGUCAGCCGUAUUUGUCGCCAACUGCGAAUUCAAAUUUACUCGAAAUCUUUGAAGCUGCGCAUAGUGCAAUGUUGGCAGUUCUUGCCUCUCCACGAAAUGCUGAACUCACAGCAAGAGUCCUCCCAUUCUACGUGGAAAGUCUAUUCGCUUCUUUUCCAAAGAAUCUAUCACCAAGACAAUUCAGAUUUGCUUUCAAAGCUCUAAUACAGAUCUGUACGCCGCCAAAUCCGCUGGCAAGUUCUCAACCGAUGAUGGCGGAGACAUUAUUGGAGUGGCUGCACCAUCGUGCUCUGAAUGCACCAAAUGUUCCUCUUCCACCUUCGAUAGCCAUCAAAUCCGAAGUCGAUGCCUUGAGUCAGGAGGUGCCGCUGUCAGAACAAGCUGUGCUCCUUUUGACACUUCUUGAUGCACUUCCAUAUGUCACAUUGCCAGUUUUGGAAGAUUGGUUGCCAUUGUCUGCAGAUCUUUUGAAUGUUGUUUUAGACAAGACGAUGAAGGAGCAAUGCAAGAAGCGGUUCUGGGAGGUGCUUGAGAGUGGAGAGAUGGACGUGGAGAGGAGUGCUGUGUGUGUUGCUUGGUGGAAUACAAGAGGAGGGAGGGAAAGAGUCUUGUUUGGAGAUCAAGAGAAGGGGCCAUUCAUGAGUGGUGGACUGGCUGUCAAGGAAAGUCGGUUAUAAGGAGAAGCAGUGGAAUUGUACAACAGGUAUGACUAAUGACCAUGGCGUUUUCGGACCUUGGAGUCUUGGAUGACCAGACGAGAAUGUCUGAGCAGCAUAUUGUGACAUAUUCUAGAAUGGAAACUCAUUUCAGGCACGAAUAUUCCUAUGUUGCUCAAAUUCUGUCUCUUUUCGUUUCUUCGGUGACGAGAUGGCUACACAAACGAAGAGUAUUCCAUUAUAAUUCUGGGAAACGACUACUUCAAGCCUCCAUUAAUCUCGACUACACUUCCAUUCAUAUACCUCGCCUCGUCACUAAACAAGAAAAUCACUACAUCAGCCACUUCCUCAGCGGUCCCCAU